AUGGAUCCUAGGUUGUUUGAAGCAUCCUACACAGGGAAUGUCGAUAGAUUGUUCUCCUUGGUCAGAGAAAACGUCCUCAUCCUCGACACUGCUUCUCUCGUCGAGAGAGACAACCCUCUACAUGUUGCCUCGAUGGCUGGCCACGUGAAUUUCAUCAGAGAAGUCCUGAAACUGAGGAUGGAGUUUGCUGACGAGCUGAACCAGGACGGUCUCAGUCCCUUGCACAUCGCCGCAGCAAGGGGCAAUGUGGAUGUUGUUCGAGAGCUUUUGAAAGCGGGCAAUCGCCUGUGCCUUGUGAAGGGGAAAGGUGAAAGCAUUCCUCUGCACUAUUCGACCAUCAAAGGGAGGAGUGAUGUCCUGAAGGAACUGGUCUCGGCUUGUCCCGAUUCCAUUGAGGAAGUGACGGCGCGGAGGGAGAGCGUGCUCCACCUCGCCGUGAAGAACAACCAGUUCGACGCAUUCAAGUUGCUGGUGCUACAGCUGAAGCGAUUUAACAAAGAGCAUGUCGUGCAUUGUCGGGACGAGCAAGGGAACCAAAUCUUGCACCACGCUGUGGCUAGAAAGCAAUACGAGGUAGUCAAGUUCCUGCUCUCGGGCGAUGCAAUUGACAAGGACCUGAUCGACGUGAACACCAGAAACGAGGCUGGUCUAACGCCUCUAGACAUCCUAUUGCUCGUUAACAAUGAAGCCGGUGAUGCGGAAAUCGUCGAAAUCCUCAUGCGAUCUGGAGCCACGAGAGCAAGCGGAUUGCUUUCUGUGGUAGUGGUGACUGAAGAACCAGAACCCCGAACAGACCAAUCAAACAGACAGCACCAAUCACGCAGAACUUGGACCGACCGUUGCAUAAGUUUCUUGAGGGUCAAUCAUGGGAGAACCCCAUGGUUAGAGAACUUCAAGUACAAUAAAGAAAGGGACUCCCCGGGAGAUGUACGGAACGCCUUGCUCAUUGUUGCUGCUCUCAUCACCAUUGCUACCUAUCAAGCCGUGCUUCAACCGCCGGGUGGAGUUUGGCAGGCAGAUUCAGGGUCCUCGAGCAGCAGCACCAGUGCCAUAAACAACGGGGCCAAAUCACACAAAGCCGGUCAGGCGGUUUUGGGUACGAAGAGCCCGGUCUCGUACGUCCUCUUCAUCAUCUUCAACUCGGUUGGGUUCUUUGCCUCUGUCAGGAUGAUCGCCAUCCUGACGUCGGGAUUCCCGAUGCAGAUGGAGCUGCAUGUGGCGCUGUUCGCUCUGAUAACAACGUACGACACUGCGAUGAGCUCCCUCACGCCCAACACUUUCUUCAACUACUUCUUCGUUGGUCUCUCGAUAUUUUUGCCGGUCAUAAUCGCUCUCGUAAGUCGCUGGGUCAGAAAAUGA